AUGUUUUGGCGUUUUGGGGGAUAUGCGAGUGUCUCCACCAUCGAUACCCUGCUCGAUAAACCCGAUGUCACCCUCGAAGAGCUUUUGGAUGAGCCAGAAAUCAUCCAGGAACUGAAACAGCUUAAUACAAAACUCAUUGAAUAUCUGCGCGAGGAUCAUGUCUUGAAACGGCUUAUGGACUACGUGAUUGCGCCAAGCUUAAUCACUGAUGAUGAAGAGAAUGACGAAGACGAUUCCAACGCACAAGAUGACUCCGACAAAGACAAAGAUGCGGAGGCUUCCGCGGAGCAGACAGAAAUAAACGAGAAAGAGGGUGACCCGUUAAAGGAUAUCCUGGAUCCGGAGGACCUGGAAAAGGUAGAGAAGUCUCGGUUGAAGCAUUCGUACAUUGCGUGCGAGAUUCUUUCCUCGGAGACAUGGUCCAUCCUCGAAUCCAUGAUGGCCAACCCUUCCUACUUGCGCGACUUCUGGGGAUUCCUGCGCCGCUCCCCGCCUCUCGAUUCUUUGCAGGCAAGCUACUUCACCAAAGUCAACGAGACUCUGCUUGAUAAAAAGACCGAGGAGAUGUUAGCGUUUUUAAAGUCCCUCGAUGGAAUUGUUGAGGCACUCUUACAGCACGUCGAUAACCCCAUGGUCAUGGACCUUCUCCUGAAGAUUAUUAGCUUGGAGAAAGCAGAGGGUGGCCAAGGCACCGUCGACUGGCUCAAGUCCCAGAAUCUCAUCCCCACGCUCUUGUCUUACCUGUCACCGGAUCGUCCGGCUUCUGUUCAAACCUCAGCGGGUGACUUCCUGAAAGCCAUCAUUACGAUUUCUGCAAAUGCAAGCCCGAACGAUCAGUCAUGCAUUGGACCCAAUAGCCUCACGCGUCAGCUUGUGUCCGCCGAGUGCGUGCAACAGCUCAUUGAUGCUAUGCUCAGAGGCGGCAACCCAUUAACCGUCGGUGUGGGAAUCGUCAUUGAGGUCAUCCGCAAGAACAACUCUGACUACGAUCCCGAGAACAUUGGCGGACCCGACACGAUGUUGACCACGUACGACCCGAUCUACCUCGGAACACUCUUGCGUCUCUUCGCCAAACACAUCCCUCAGUUCAUGGCUCUCAUUCAAAGCUCCCAGCACACUAUUCAUGACGGAACCAAGCUGAAGACCGUCGAAAGAGGCAAGCUGAGUUCUGCAUGGGGUGGCCAAAUUGAGCCACUUGGGUUUGACCGUUUCAAGACAUGUGAAUUGAUGGCCGAGCUGUUGCACUGCAGUAACAUGGGACUUUUGAAUGAACCGGGCAGCGAUGAGUACGUGAAGCAGAGAGACGAAGAACGCGAGCGGUUGAUUCGAGAGGGUGUUUUUGAUCCUCACCACGACGAGCGCUCGGGUGUUGACUAUAAUGACACCACUGUCGAUUUCACGAACGAAUCAGCCCUGGGAUCUGGAUCUCCAGAAGAUAUCAAAAUCACGGAAGCACCACAUGCCGACGAAGAAGAAGGAUUUGAAGAUGUUGGUGCGUCUGGUGUUCUGGCCGCCGAGCAAACCGGAGCCGAUAAGUCGCCCGGUGCAACUUCGCAGCCGUCACAAACAGUCACCGAGCUUCCUUCAACUUCCACCGCUACGGAGCCAAAGCCUGAAGAUCAGUCAAAUGUCUCUCAGCCUGCGGAGGAAUCUACCACGCCGUCGUCGCCAAGCAUCGGUCUUCCGGACCAGGUCGACAGUAUGAAGCUCGAGAAUGAACCACAAAGCGGGCAGAAGGUCGCCGAAAAGGCAAACCAAGAGCCUGAGACCUCAGCACCUGGAGACGUCCCCGCUCCCCUCUUCACCAAGGAUCCUGCAGCGGAUAACACCACCGAUCCUGUUGACCAGCCAGCACAGGAGCCUGUGGCCGAUGAACAGAGGGAGGAAUCAAUAAUCAUGAACGACGGAGGAGAUGAAGACUCGGCCGAACAAUACAUUCAACUGGACACUGAUGGACAGCCUGUGGUCGGUGAUUACUUGAAAAUUCAGUUCGUCGAAAACAAGGUGGUCCCAACUAUUCUGGGCUUUUUCUUCCGCUUCCCAUGGAAUAACUUCCUUCACAAUGUCGUUUACGAUGUUAUCCAACAAGUAUUCAACGGACCAAUGGAGCGUGGCUACAACCGUGCGCUUGCAGUGAAUGUCUUUGACACGGGCCGUAUCACCACAGCCAUUGUUGAAGGCCAAAAGCGCAGCGACGAAGCCCAAAAGACCAAGCAAAUCCGCCUUGGCUACAUGGGACACCUCACACUGGUUGCUGAGGAAGUUGUCAAGUUCAGCGAACGCCACCCGCCAGAGUUACUUUCCAGAUCAGUCAUGGAAAGUGUAUUGAAUCCUGACUGGAUUGAAUAUGUGGAACAGAUCUUGUCUGAGACCCGAGAAAGAGACAAUGCCAUUCUCGGCGGCGUCCGCCCGGAUAUGUCCGUUGGAUCUCGACAGACAAGCCUGAACAACAACAGCAACAAUAACAGCUCUGCACAGGGCUUCUCGAACUCCAACGCUUUAUCGGACGCAGGCCUGAACGGAGGAAUUGGUGGCUCAACCUUCCAGAGCUUCGACCUCAACCAAGGAAGCGUGUCCGGUGGAGCAUUUGGCGGUGGAGGCACUUCCCUUCUAAGCGACUUUGCCAGCUCAAGUGAUGACGAAGAAGAUGAAGAAAUGGAGGAUCAGAGCGAAAGGGACACUGGCAACACCGAACAAGGCAACUCUGACGAUGUAUCAACAAGUUCAGCAAGUCAGCCGAUUCCAAUUCUGCCACCGCCUCCAGCUCCUCUGAGCCUGGGCCCAUCACGGGCACGGCGACAGUUGGCAGCGCGUCUUGCCGCUCAAAAACAGCAAUCUUCAGAAACCGUAGAGGGUCAGGGUGAAGAUAGAGAGGGAAGCGAAGAUCAAGAGACUGGCUGGCCAACCAACCCGUUCGUGAUUGCAGGCGUCGACGACGAUAACGAAGGCACAAACUCGGCGUUCCCUAACAGUGACUUCGGUUCCAAAACCGUACACUCUCCUACCUUCCCAGAAUCUGGCUUUAGCCCCCCAGAUUCUCUUUCCACCAACUCAUCUGAAGAUGAAAAUGACGGCCGCCCGGAGUCCGUCCGUCGCCAGGUCCGUGUUCCUCUCGAGGUCGAAGAUGAAGAUGACGACGAGAUGGGUGAAAUGGUGGGACCGAGCAGCAUGGGCAUGAUGGACUCGGACGACGAAGAUGAAGCCAUCAUCAAUGAAUCCCUGGGUUACUCUAACCUUUCGGGUCCCGGUCGGUACAACAACUUCCGCCGAGCCCGAGCUGUCAGCUCUCACUACGAGGAUGAGCAGAAUGACAGCAGCGAUGGAGAAGAUGAUGGCUUAGUCGAAAUCCUGGUCCCUGGUCAGUCACCUAUAUUCAACAAGGGCUUGUCACAUGAAAUCAGUCAAUAUGGCAGCUGCCUCCGAGUAGGUGCCUUUACCAGCACUACGUCAUAUUUUUCGAAGUACAAGACAUCUAAUUCCGACGACAGAUCCGUUGAUCCAACAUUAAAGGCUCACACCGAGCUAGUGAGCUGGUUCAUUCAGCAUGGCGGCACAAUCGAUAAGGCCGUACGCAUCACACAAGAUGACUUGCGAGGCGUGCACAUGCACGUGAAAGCAGACUUGCCGGACUCCAUCCCCAGAGAAACGCGGGUCAUCAACACCCCAAUUAGCGUUUCAAUGUCCUGGUACAAUGCCAUUGGAUACGAGUGCUCCAAGGGCUCGUUUUCCAAACACGGUGUCGACUUCCCGCGCCAAUGGAUAGAUGAGAUCGGACCCGAGGAGACAUUUGCUUUCUUCCUUAUGGGCCAGUAUCUGCGCGGAUCAGAGAGUUUCUGGUACCCGUAUCUGCGCACCUUGCCUCAACCGGGUCAAUUGACUACACCACUUUUCUUUGGCGAAGAGGAUGUGGAUUGGAUCCAGGGGACGGGUAUCCCCGAGGCAUCGGUGGAGAGAAUUAAGGUCUGGGACCAGAAGUAUGAUGAUGCUAUUACCAAGCUGGAGGAAUUUGGUUUCCUUGACUGUGGGGAAUUUACAUGGGAACUGUACAUGUGGGCUGCGACUAUCAUUACAUCGCGAGCAUUCUCGCCAAAGGUACUUUCCGGGGCUGUGGAGGCUGACGAUCUGUGGGAAGAUCGUGUUUCAGCCCUGCUUCCUCUCAUAGAUUUGCCAAACCACCGGCCAAUGGCAAAGGUCGAGUGGCGAGCGGGCGAGGAAGAUAUUGGUCUUCUUGUGCUUGAGGAGCUCUCCCCAGGCCAUGAGAUCUCGAAUAACUACGGUCCUCGCAAUAACGAGCAACUGUUGGUCAACUAUGGGUUCUGCCUUACCAACAAUCCCACCGACUACCGCAUCGUCCAUUUGGGCGUGAAGGCGGAUAGCCCACUUGGACAAGCUAAGGCCCGUCAGCUGGAGCUGUUCCCCGAAGUGGCCAAGAAUGUCGAGGAUCACUAUUACAUCUUCAAUCCGUUCUAUCCUCUUUUGGCCCCCGAGACCUCAAUGGAACACUCAAUCUUCUCACCGGCAUUGUUCAACGCAUUGACAGUGAUGGAGUCAAACGCCCGUGAGCGUGAUAUGCUCGAGAUCACCGACACGGGAAUUCAGAUCACACCCGCAUAUGGCAAUGGUCAUAGUAUCUAUGCUGCACUGGCACAGAUCAGCUUCGAGAUGAUUGCUCACGCCUAUAACCUCAAAGCCAGUGCACAGGAUCUGGCACCGCAACCGACAACUCUGAAUCAGACACACGCACAAAUCUACCGUAACGGUCAAAUCUCAUUAGAUUAUGCAGCCUUGAUCGUCGCAACUUGGACCAUCACCCGUGGCCGGGAACACAAGCGCGGCGAAACCUGGGAAGAUAACAAGGUCAUGUUGUCUGAGCUUAUGGCACGAGUUCCUGCCGGUCUGCUCUCGGACGAGGUUCUCUCCAGGACUCGCGUGCGUAUCCUAGAGCGUCCGUCCCUUAUAGCCAAGAAUGGUGAGCUAUUCAGGUUGGGCGAAUUAUUUAAUUUGCUACCGGUUGAGAUGCAAGAGCCGGCUCAAACGUGCUUCCAGCAUAUUCUGGGUAUAGCAAGUCAGGAGGUCCCACCCGUGGCCAGUGACCCGCAGACUCUGUUUGCAACGGUGAUCUGCUUGCUGGCUGCAACUUAUAACUCGCCCCAGGCACGUUCCAAGCUCCCACCUCGCCUGACCAAAUGGGUGUCAUUUUUGCUUGAAAAAUACUCGCUUUCUGCUGUUUGCUCGGAAGAAGCCAGUCAGCCACUUCGCAUGUUCCAGGAAUAUGCCGAUGCCGAGAAGCCGGGAGCAUUGGCAUCUGGUGACGGUGUUGACUGGCUUGCUGAGGGCAGUGGGUGGUUGGAGCCCAAUUGGCUUCAAUGGGCGUGGACCGUGGCAGGGACAGAAAUGGUGAUGAUUCCUCUGCAGUCUUUGGAGAUUCUCAAUAUGGAGGGAGAGCCUUCUAUGCUGAAGCAAGCUUGCCUUUAUGUGCCACAGGAGUAG